CGCCAGUAGAACAUCGCUGUUCUGGUCAAGAUUUUCAAAAAAAAGUUCCGUUGCUUCCUCAUUUAUUGCUCCAACAGUCAUAUUUUUUGAAAUUUUGGACGUUGGAGGCCUCCUUUUCCAUAAAUUGGAGCCUCCACUCCUCAUUUUUACACACACAAACACAAAUUCUCUCCAUACUUCUUGCAUAUCUCACUCUACUUACAAUUUUUUUUCCAUUCUUCAUCAUGGGCAAGGACAAGAGCAGGGCCGCCACCUCCGGGAAAUCAAAGUCCAAAUCCAGGGCGCCUACGUCAUCCUCCGAGGAGCGCCUCUACUAUGGCGACGGGUCAUACCUUUGGUUUGAUUUCGAGGAGGAGCGCACCCGUUUCCUCACCUUCUUCUCUAAACGGGUUGUGGCUCCCCCACGAAUCAUCCCGGAGCGUUACCCGGAGUUGCAGGGCUACGACGACCUCGACGCGCAGCUUCAUCAAGCCGGCCUUUGGCCGUUCGUCUCCCGGGCACGCAAGGAGAUCAACCCGGCGCUGAUCCGGGCCUUCUACUCCAACCUCCGGCGUGAGGACGACGUGCUCUACUCGCUAGUCAAGAGCACGCCGAUCGAGCUCACCGUGGAGCAGCUUGGGCGCAUCGCCGGCCUCCCCUUCCAAGGCGACGAUGUGUCUCACUAUGGUGGAGAGGAUUGGGUGCUCAACAACGAGGGCCUUAUCCUCAACGAGCUUGGCAUCACCGAGCUCAAACGCCAUGCCUCGGGACGCCCAACCAUCCACUCCGCCAACCCCAAAGGCCGCCUCGUCCUCUACAUCGUCUCCCGGAUCAUCAAACCCCGGAAGCACGGCCACACCAUCAUGCACGGUGAAGACCUCAAGCUUAUCCAUGCGAUCAUGCAUUCGGCCCCAAUCAAUUGGGCAAAGUUCGUCAUGAUCAACAUGACGAUUGCCGCGUCCACCGAGCACGACCACCUCCUCCCGUACCUAUUUUUGGUGAUGGACAUCCUUGAACGGUUCAAGGUAACCACCACCGUUGGCCCGCUCACGAAGGCCAUGAAGAUUUGGACAAUCAGCAACCAAACCUUCAUCAAGUGGUCGGACAACGCCGCGGCUGCCACUGCCCAUCCACGCCGCACUGCCACUGCCGCUGGCCCAGCCGAACCACAGGCCCGGGCCAACCUUGCCUCCAUCGCUGACUCCCUCAACCGGCUCCACCUCAAAGUUGACGGGAUGGGAGGCUACCUUGAACGGCUCGACGUAGCUGUUCAACGCCAAGGGUACGCCAUGAACGCGUACUUCCAAGGCAUCAACUACGUCCCCCCACCGUUCCACGGCACGUUCCUUGGGCAAGUGUACGGUGACGAAGACGAAGCCGAUGACUCCUACGCCCCGUCAAUCUCCCCGGAUGAAGAUGAGUUCGACGAUGCCAUCGAUGGGGAUGAGAUGGACGUCGACGACGACGAGGAGGAAACCGAAGACGAAGACUAGGACUCCCCUAGAAUUUCUAUCUCUUUUACCUUAAUUAUCUUGUUUUUUUAAUGCUUCCGUUGUACUCCACUAUUUCCUUUAAUAAAUAAAAUCAUCUUUUUGUUAAUGUCAAAAGGGGGAAGAAAAGGGCUAUGCAUAU